AUGAAAAAGGCUGGUCACGAGAUUGGAGGUGUUCCAGAUGCGAAUGGGGCCUCCAAGCGCUCAGACUCAAUGGCGGAGAAAGAUCAAGUCGGCAUCGCUGUCUCGACUGGGGUUUCGGCCGACGUGGAAGCUUUUAAGAAUCUCAAUGAAAAGCUGCUUUACUUGAAGGAACUUCAUCGUUGGGAUCCUAACAUCCCCGAAGACUAUUUUGACGUGAUGAUUGAGGCACUCGCCACGGACGACAAAGAUGUUCGUGAUGCACUGGCUCGUGACAUUUUCGGCAACUCCAUCUACCCCGAAGUUCGAGCCGCAGUGUCCAACAUCGACGAAGGAGGAUACUGCAACACGAUCCGCGCCUGGGUAAUUGGGAUGGUUUUUGCGACCGUUGUUGCCGCCGUCAACGUUCUUUUCUCUUUGCGCAAUCCCACCAUCGGUAUCCCGGUUUACAUCAUCCAGCUCCUGUCUUUAUCUCUCGGCAAGGCAUGUGAAAGAUGGAUCCCAAGCAGAGAAUUUCGUUUCUUUGGGAUCAAAGGCAAUCUCAACCCUGGCCCUUUCAGUAAGAAAGAACAUGCCUUGAUUGUUAUCAUGGCAAAUGCCUCCGUCGGUAGUGCCUAUGCAACAAACAUUAUUACCGCUCAGCGUAUGUUCUACCAUCAGCGAUUUGGUUGGGCCUUUGAGACAUUUCUCUGCAUCAGUAAUCAGAUGUUAGGGUUUGGAAUUGCGGGACUUUACACGCGUUUUCUGGUGGAACCUGCCGCCAUGAUCUGGCCAAGUCUUCUCAUCAGUGUGGCCCUUUUUGACACUCUCCACAAGCACUCAAAGCCCGACCCAUCCACCACGUUCGGAUGGAAGAUUAGCCGGUAUCGAUUUUUCCUGUGGGUGGUUUUGGGAUCAUCUUGUUGGUACUGGUUCCCAGGGUAUAUUGCGCCGUUCCUCAGUACCUUUGCCUUUGUGACAUGGAUCAAGCCACAAAGUGUGGUGAUCAACAAGCUAUUCGGAUGUAGUACUGGACUCUCUCUGAUUCCUUUGACAUUUGACUGGACUCAGAUUGCUGGUUAUAAAGGCUCGCCAUUGCAAACACCCUGGUUUUCCAUCUGUACUACAAUGAUGGGAAUGAUCUUCUGGUAUUGGGUCGUAACGCCGGCAAUCCAUUUCUCGGGAAUGUUCUACUCAGACUACCUCCCUAUCAGUGAUUCGACUAGCUAUGACAACACUGGCAAGGUCUACAAAGCGUCCAGAAUCUUGACUCCAGAUUUCAUGUUCGAUCUGCAGAAGUAUCAAAAUUAUUCACCGAUUUUUCUCUCCACCACUUUCAUGAUUUCCUAUGGUCUCUCGUUUGCGGCCAUCAUCUCGAUGAUCACUCAUGUGGGACUCUUCCAUGGUGCCGAAAUUUGGAAUCGAAUUCGUCAUAUCAACGAUGACCAGGAGGAUGUUCAUAACCGACUCAUGUCACGUUUCAAGCCAGUUCCUUUCUGGUGGUAUGUAAUUGUUAUGGUUGUCAUGCUAGCUAUGGCGCUUGGUAUUGUGCUGGGAUAUGACACACGUUUGACUUGGUGGGCUUUCCUUCUUGCAAUCUUCAUAUCUGUCAUUUGGACGUUACCUAUUGGGCUAGUUGGGGCGAUGACCAAUAUGGCCCCCGGAUUGAAUGUCUUCACAGAGUUCAUCAUGGGCUACAUGCAGCUUGGUAAGCCUAUGGCCUUGAUGCUGUUCAAGGCGUACGGCUACAUCACGAUGAGUCAGGCCCUCAGCUUUAUCGGUGAUCUGAAGAUGGCUCUCUUCACAAGUGUCGUCCAAAUCCUCGUUCUCAAUUGGUGUUUCGGAAACAUCAAUGAUGUCUGCGACCCUAAGCAGGUGAACAACUUUUCCUGUCCGAAUGGCCGUGUCUACUUCGUUGCCUCGAUCAUCUGGGGAACCAUUGGACCAGGACGUAUCUUCUCUAUUGGCCAGAUGUAUGCACCAAUGAUGGCCUUUUGGAUUGUCGGUCUUCUUCUGCCAAUCGCAGUCUACGUUGGCGCUCGUAAGUUCCCACGAAGCGGACUCCGGUAUUUCACGACACCAGUGUUCUUCUGCGCAGCGCUUAAUUUGCCGCCUGCUACACCGCUGAACUGUUUGUCAUGGGGUGUUGUGGGAUUUAUUACCGGCAAGUGGAUCCGUGGCCGCUAUCGUGGUUGGUGGAUGACCUACAAUGCGAGUCUUUCAGCCGCUUUGGAUGUUGGGCUUGCCAUUACAACCCUUAUCAUCUUCUUCACGCUGACCAUGACCAACACCAAGUUUCCAGACUGGUGGGGUACCACGGUCACCGCAACCACACUGGAUGCCCAGGGUCAUAACGUUCAAAAGCAUGUUACGGAUGGAGAGAUAUAUGGCCCCACAUCGUGGUAA